AGUUCGAGCUGGAGACGCAUCAGAGAUACAAGUCGAUACGUUUCCGUCGAAUCGAGCGAACAACCAACAGUUACGAAAACACUGUAAAACGCCAAACUCUGUGUGACAUUUAAGGGACAUUCAACGACAAGUGUGAUUAUCGCGACAAACCGGACGGAUCGUUCGUAAUCAGUGAAGUUUUCUCGUUAACGGUGUGUAAAGAUAACCCCCCUCGACCAAAGGAUUAACCAUGCAGAUGCACGAGCAGAUCAUGAUGGUCGAUGGACAGGAGCAGCCGAUCUCCAGGACAUAUCAGUACAGAAAGGUGAUGAAACCUAUGCUGGAACGCAAACGUAGAGCACGCAUCAAUCGAUGCUUGGACGAGCUCAAGGACUUGAUGGUGACAGCUCUGGCCGGCGACGGCGAGAACGUGGCGAAGCUGGAGAAGGCCGAUAUUCUAGAGCUGACCGUCCGUCAUCUCCACAAGCUCCAAAGACAGCAACGGCUUUCCGCGAAUCCGGUGAUCGACGCGGACCGUUUCAGAGCCGGGUACACGCAUUGCGCCAACGAAGUCAGCCGUUGCUUAGCCGCCACUCCCGGCGUCGACGUCGCUCUGGGAACCAAACUGAUGACCCAUUUGGGUCACAAACUGAACGCCAUGGACAAAACCGGCCCGUUGACCAUCCACGUGACCGCGCCACAAUCCUCGCCAUCCUCGAGCAGCGAUCUCAGCUCCGACGAAUACUCGAUGCCACUGACACCGGCAUCCAGCCAACCAUCCCCGGUCCGAACGGAAAUCGAAACCAUGUCUCAAAGCCACCAAGGUCUUCUGCAGGUCGCUAAACCUAACGAGCCUAUCUGGAGACCGUGGUAA